CUUAUUCAUUGCAUUUAUUUCUCGGUGCCUAGUAGAGUAUUGGGUAGCAAGGAAGAGCUCAGUAAUAAAUGCUUAUUGAAUGAAUGAAAAGAGACGGAAGUCUGAGGAAUUUGGCGGAAUGAGAAGCAAAAAAAGGUCAAAAGCUGUAAAAUCAAACAUAGCGCCAGCGCCCUCCGCAGGUGAGGGUGGGUAGUAGGUGCUUUAGGAGUGCCGGAGGGAGACGGCAGGGGGAGCUCAGGUACUGCUCGCGGAGGCAGAGGCUCUCGGACUACAACACCCAGCAAUCACCACGAGCCCUACGGCUUGAUGGGAACGGUAAGCCUCCGCGACCUGUCACGUGCUUGCCCCGCCCCUCCCGCGGGUCUCCCGCGAAAUCUGACCCGGGAUGCGGAGGUCCAAUGGAAAGGCGGGGCCAAAUCCCGCGAGAGCAGGUGGCUCUUAGCGACCGCGGGGGCUGAGGGACGCUGUGCUUGUGGCGGGGCGCGCCCGCCUCUCCCGCUCGCCUUCCGGGGUCUUCCGCCCUCUCCCGGAAGAAGGAGGAAGGGCCCCGGACGGGUUCUCCGGGGCUGCGUCUGGGAGCCGAGAAGUUUGAGGCGGUGUGGGCUGUCGUACCGGCAGGGCAGCUGGGCGCUCGAGGGACGAGGGUCGCGGCGGGGGCCGGAGUCCGCGCUUCUUCGGCAGCAUGAGCGCGCCCGAGGCGCCCCGGUCGGCCCCGGACUGCCUUGCUGCGGACCAGGCCCCCGCUCCGGCUCCCCUGUCUCCUCGGGCUUCCCCGAAGGGUGAGAGUCCGGACUCUGAACUGUUGCCACCGCCGGUACCUCCCGCUGGGGACGGCCCGGCCCACUCGUUUCCGGAUCCCGCGGCGGGCUCCCGGGCGCCAGGGGAGGGCGGCCCCGCUUCUGCCUCCACCGCCCUGCAUGCGGGCUUCGCUGCUCCUACCGACUUGAGCCCUCGAAUCGAGGAGCCAGAGGUUGGUGAAAACAUGAGCCUUCCCGCAGAAGAAGCGGACGGGCCGGAGUUGGGGCCAGGAGAGGCGGUGGAAGGAGUGUCUGAGGACCUCGCCCCGGAGGACGAAGGAUACAGCACCUGGAACUACUGCUUCUCCCAGCUCCCUCGGUUUCUCAGUGGUUCCUGGUCAGAGUUCAGCACCCAACCCGAGAACUUCUUGAAAGGCUGUAAGUGGGCUCCUGAUGGUUCCUGCAUCUUGACCAAUAGUGCGGAUAACAUCCUGCGGAUUUAUAACCUGCCCCCAGAGCUGUACAAUGAGGGGGAACAGCUGGAAUAUGCAGAGAUGGUCCCUGUCCUUCGAAUGGUGGAAGGUGACACCAUCUAUGAUUAUUGUUGGUAUUCUCUGAUGUCUUCAUCCGAGCCAGACACCUCCUAUGUCCGUGUCUCUCUCAGCGUGGCCAGCAGCAGCCGGGAGAACCCCAUUCACAUCUGGGAUGCAUUUACUGGAGAGCUCCGGGCUUCCUUUCGUGCCUACAACCACCUGGACGAGCUGACGGCAGCCCACUCGCUCUGCUUCUCCCCUGACGGCUCCCAGCUCUUCUGUGGCUUCAACAGGACCAUACGGGUCUUUUCCACUGCCCGGCCUGGCCGUGACUGUGAGGUCCGAGCCACGUUUGCCAAAAAGCAGGGCCAGAGUGGCAUCAUCUCCUGCAUAGCCUUCAGCCCAGCCCAACCCCUCUACGCCUGUGGCUCCUAUAGUCGUUCCCUGGGUCUGUAUGCUUGUGAUGAUGGCUCCCCUCUUGCUUUGCUGGGAGGACACCAAGGAGGCAUCACUCACCUCUGCUUUCACCCUGAUGGCAACCGCUUCUUCUCAGGAGCCCGCAAGGAUGCUGAGCUUCUGUGCUGGGACCUCCGGCAGCCCGGCCAUCCACUGUGGUCGCUGAGUCGAGAGGUGACCACCAAUCAGCGCAUCUACUUCGAUCUGGAUCCGACUGGGCAGUUCUUGGUGAGCGGGAGCACCAGUGGGACUGUGUCUGUGUGGGACACCGGCGGGGCUGGACAGGAAGGGAAGCCGGAGCCGUUGCUGAGUUUUCUGCCCCAGAAGGACUGUACCAACGGAGUGAGUCUGCACCCUAGCCUGCCAUUGCUGGCCACCGCCUCUGGUCAGCGUGUGUUCCCAGAGCCCACAGAGAGUGAGGACGAAGGGGAGCGGGAGGUGGACCUUCCCCUGCUUUCCAUGCGCCACAUCCACCUCGAAUGUCAGCUUCAGCUCUGGUGGUGUGGGGGGGACAUGGACUCCAGGAUAGCUGAUGCUCCCCAGGGCCAGAAGGGCCAGGGAGGGACUGAAGAAAGUGAGUGUGAGUUUACAUAAAACCGUUUUCUAUGGC